GAAGAGAGGACAGAGGGAGGGAGGGUGGGGGAGGACGAGGGGCGCGUGGUUUUCCCAUCUCAUCCCUGGAGGAGGGGUUGGAGCAUCCCCGGCAGCCAAUCAGGGACAGGCUGGGGGGGGGCCGCUUUGAAGAAGUUUGGGGGAAAAAAGUUUGGAAAAGUUUCUAUAAUAACGAGGGGGCUUCUGGAGGGAGGCGGCAGCGACGGAGGAGGGGGCUUCUCAGAGAAAGGGAGGGAGGGAGCCACCCGGGCGAAGAUACAGCAGCCUCCUGAGCUCCCCCCUCCCACCCAGGCCGGGACCUGGGGGCUCCUGCCGGAUCCAUGGGGGCGGCCAGCUGCGAGGAUGAGGAGCUGGAAUUUAAGCUGGUGUUCGGGGAGGAAAAGGAGGCCCCCCCGCUGGGCGCGGGGGGAUUGGGGGAAGAACUGGACUCAGAGGAUGCCCCGCCAUGCUGCCGUCUCGCCUUGGGAGAGCCCCCUCCCUAUGGCGCUGCACCUAUCGGUAUUCCCCGACCUCCACCCCCUCGGCCUGGCAUGCAUUCGCCACCGCCGCGCCCAGCCCCCUCACCUGGCACCUGGGAGAGCCAGCCCGCCCGGUCGGUGAGGCUGGGAGGACCAGGAGGGGGUGCUGGGGGUGCUGGGGGUGGCCGUGUUCUCGAGUGUCCCAGCAUCCGCAUCACCUCAAUCUCUCCCACGCCGGAGCCGCCGGCAGCGCUGGAGGACAACCCUGAUGCCUGGGGGGACGGCUCUCCUAGAGAUUACGCCCCACCAGAAGGCUUUGGGGGCUACCGAGAAGCAGGGGGCCAGGGUGGGGGGGCCUUCUUCAGCCCAAGCCCUGGCAGCAGCAGCCUGUCCUCAUGGAGCUUCUUCUCCGAUGCCUCUGACGAGGCAGCCCUGUAUGCAGCCUGCGACGAGGUGGAGUCUGAGCUAAAUGAGGCGGCCUCCCGCUUUGGCCUGGGCUCCCCGCUGCCCUCGCCCCGGGCCUCCCCUCGGCCAUGGACCCCCGAAGAUCCCUGGAGCCUGUAUGGUCCAAGCCCCGGAGGCCGAGGGCCAGAGGAUAGCUGGCUACUCCUCAGUGCUCCUGGGCCCACCCCAGCCUCCCCUCGGCCUGCCUCUCCAUGUGGCAAGCGGCGCUAUUCCAGCUCGGGAACCCCAUCUUCAGCCUCCCCAGCUCUGUCCCGCCGUGGCAGCCUGGGGGAAGAGGGGUCUGAGCCACCUCCACCACCCCCAUUGCCUCUGGCCCGGGACCCUGGAUCCCCUGGUCCCUUUGACUAUGUGGGGGCCCCACCAGCUGAGAGCAUCCCUCAGAAGACACGGCGGACUUCCAGCGAGCAGGCAGUGGCUCUGUCUCGGUCUGAGGAGCCUGCCCCAUGCAAUGGGAAGCUGCCCUUGGGAGCAGAGGAGUCUGUGGCUCCUCCAGCAGGUCCCCGGAAGGAGGUGGCUGGCAUGGACUACCUGGCAGUGCCCUCCCCACUCGCUUGGUCCAAGGCCCGGAUUGGGGGACACAGCCCUAUCUUCAGGACCUCUGCCCUACCCCCACUGGACUGGCCUCUGCCCAGCCAAUAUGAGCAGCUGGAGCUGAGGAUCGAGGUGCAGCCUAGAGCCCACCACCGGGCCCACUAUGAGACAGAAGGCAGCCGUGGAGCCGUCAAAGCUGCCCCUGGCGGUCACCCCGUAGUAAAGCUCCUAGGCUACAGUGAGAAGCCACUGACCCUACAGAUGUUCAUCGGCACUGCAGAUGAAAGGAACCUGCGGCCUCAUGCCUUCUAUCAGGUGCACCGUAUCACAGGCAAGAUGGUGGCCACGGCCAGCUAUGAAGCCGUAGUCAGUGGCACCAAGGUGUUGGAGAUGACUCUGCUGCCUGAGAACAACAUGGCGGCCAACAUUGACUGCGCCGGAAUCCUGAAGCUUCGGAAUUCAGACAUUGAGCUUCGGAAGGGUGAGACGGACAUCGGGCGCAAAAACACACGUGUACGGCUGGUGUUCCGGGUACACGUGCCCCAGGGCGGCGGGAAGGUCGUCUCAGUACAGGCAGCAUCGGUGCCCAUCGAGUGCUCCCAGCGCUCAGCCCAGGAGCUGCCCCAGGUGGAGGCCUACAGCCCCAGUGCCUGCUCUGUGAGAGGAGGCGAGGAACUGGUACUGACUGGCUCCAACUUCCUGCCAGACUCCAAGGUGGUGUUCAUUGAGAGGGGUCCUGAUGGGAAGCUGCAAUGGGAGGAGGAGGCCACGGUGAACCGACUGCAGAGCAACGAGGUGACGCUGACCCUGACUGUCCCCGAGUACAGCAACAAGAGGGUUUCCCGGCCAGUCCAAGUCUACUUUUAUGUCUCCAAUGGGCGGAGGAAACGCAGUCCUACCCAGAGUUUCAAGUUUCUGCCUGUGAUCUGCAAAGAGGAGCCCCUACCGGACUCAUCUCUGCGGGGCUUCCCUUCAGCAUCGGCACCCCCCUUUGGCACUGACAUGGACUUCUCACCACCCAGGCCCCCCUACCCCUCCUAUCCCCAUGAAGACCCUGCUUGUGAAACUCCUUACCUAUCAGAAGGCUUCGGCUAUGGCAUGCCCCCUCUGUACCCCCAGACGGGGCCCCCACCAUCCUACAGACCGGGCCUGCGGAUGUUCCCUGAGACUAGGGGUACCACAGGUUGUGCCCAACCACCUCCAGUCUCCUUCCUUCCCCGCCCCUUCCCUAGUGACCCGUAUGGAGGGCGGGGCUCCUCUUUUCCCCUGGGGCUGCCAUUCUCUCCGCCAGCCCCCUUUCGGCCUCCUCUUCCUGCAUCCCCACCGCUUGAAGGCCCCUUCCCUUCCCAGAGUGAUGUGCAUCCCCUACCUGCUGAGGGAUACAAUAAGGUAGGGCCAGGCUAUGGCCCUGGGGAGGGGGCUCCGGAGCAGGAGAAAUCCAGGGGUGGCUACAGCAGCGGCUUCCGAGACAGUGUCCCUAUCCAGGGUAUCACGCUGGAGGAAGUGAGUGAGAUCAUUGGCCGAGACCUGAGUCGCUUCCCUGCACCUCCUGGAGAAGAGCCUCCUGCCUGAACCACCUGAACUGUCAUCACCUGGCAACCCCAGCCCCAGCCUCAGCCCUGCCCCCUUUCCCUCCUUCCUGGAGUGGUGGCUACAGAAGCUUGGGGCCAACCCUGGCUCCUCUUUCCCCAGCUUCUGUCUGUCUCACUGUCUUCCCUCCCCUCCCCCAGCUGAGCUGUGGCCUUCAGGCCUGGUGCUGCCUUGGAGGGCUGGGGGUAGGAGUGUGUGGAGGAGGGAGGAGGGUGAAGACUGAGGCUAGGUGCCAGAAUGGACUGGAGUGAAGGCGUGUCUAGAGCGUGGGCUGGCUGUUGUGCUGGAAAGCUGGGGACAGGCUGAUGGUAAUAAACUGCUCAAUGACCAGUG